UUUGCUGUAUCGUCCGUCGAUCGAAUGCUCGGUAGAUCGAUUGCCGGCAUGCGCCGCUUCGCGUCCACGGCGGCGCCUGCAACAGAGCGCAUGAACAUGUUCACAGCCUUGAACGAUGCCAUGCGCGUUGCCAUGGAAACAGACCCGACGGCUGCCGUCUUUGGCGAAGAUGUCGCUUUCGGAGGAGUGUUUCGUUGCACCGUGGAUCUUCGCGAACAGUUUGGGGAAGACCGCGUGUUCAACUCUCCUUUGUGCGAGCAAGGGAUUGCUGGAUUUGCCAUCGGGUACGCCUCGGUCGGACGCACCGCGAUCGCGGAAAUCCAGUUCGCCGACUACAUUUUCCCCGCAUUUGAUCAAAUUGUGAAUGAAGCCGCCAAGUUCCGCUACCGAUCGGGUAACCAGUGGGACUGCGGCAAGCUCACGUUCCGAGCGCCAUAUGGAGCUGUCGGCCACGGCGCGCAUUACCACUCACAGUCGCCCGAAGCGUACUUUGCCCACACCCCCGGACUCAAAGUCGUCAUUCCUCGCAACCCUGUGCAAGCCAAGGGCCUUCUCCUCGCGUCGAUUCGGGACCCCAAUCCGGUGGUGUUCUUUGAACCAAAGGCAUUGUACCGUGCGUCUGUGGCCGAAGUGCCCGUGGGUGAUUUCACCAUUCCCCUUGGCCAAGCCGAUAUAGUUCGCUCGGGCACGGACGUCACGCUUGUUGGCUGGGGGGCGCAAAUGCGUGUUUUGGAAGAGACGUGUGACAUGGCGGAAGAAGCAGGCGUGAGUUGCGAACUCAUCGACUUGCAGACGAUUCUGCCUUGGGAUGUCGACACCAUUGAACAGUCUGUGCGCAAGACCGGUCGACUAAUUGUGUCCCACGAAGCUCCCCGCACAGGUGGGUUCGCUGGGGAAAUUGCGUCGACGAUUCAAGAACGAUGUUUUUUGAGCUUGGAAGCACCGAUCAUGCGAGUAACGGGGUACGAUACUCCGUUUCCGCUGGCCCACGAAAAGUUUUACCUUCCGGACGCCCUCAAGAACUUUGAAGCGAUCAAGAAGAUCGUGAAUUAUUAAACCGUUUUUCAGAUCAAACUACAAUCGUUUGUCCGAGGGAAGUUUCCAUGGACGACGACUGCAUGUCGAUGAAAUUACAUGGCCAAGUUCAUGGUGACCUCGCAAUA